UCUCCGGGCUCUGAAGCGCCAUCGAGAAGAUGGAAGGGAGAUAGUAUAUGUCGAUGAGACGUGGUUCAUCACCAGAAUGAGCCACAACAGAGAGUGGAUGGACACCGCACAACCUGCUACCAGUGCCACGCAUAGCCGACAGGUACCACCUGGCGAGGGAGAGCGCUUCGUGGUGGUAGCAGCUGGCACAGCAAAUGGAUUUAUUGAAGGCUCUUUCCUUUGUUAUCCUGCAAAGAGUACAAGUGGCGAUUACCACGGGGAAAUGACAGGCGAGCUGUUCAUACGCUGGUUAACAACGCAGCUUCUACCAUUGCUGCCUGAACCAUCAGUGUUGGUGCUCGGCAACGCACCUUAUCACAGCCAGCUAUUAGACGAGUGUCGGUGUCCUACCACGGCCACCAAGAAAGCAGACCUUAUUACCUGGCUUCAGAGUCGCCGAAUCCCUGCCCCAGACGGUGCCACAAGACCUGAGCUGUUGCUCAUAUGUCAACAGAACAGGCCAAAACCACAGUACAUCGUGGACAACAUAAUUCGAGAGUGGGGCCACGAGGUGGUGCGUCUGCCACCUGCCCACCCAGAGCUCAAUGCCAUUGAGUAA